CGCUCGUCUAGCCAGUACAAUCCUUCUCCACGCCCAGCACCGUCGGAGAGAAGAUGACCUCCUCCUGUCCCAACGCCAUCUCCUCCGCUCUCGCCGCCGCCUCUCCGCCGCCGCCGCCUCCGUCGCCGCCGCCGCCUUACAGCAAGCAGACGCGCUUCAGCUUCUCCACCAGGAGCUGGAGGAGCUCCGCCACGAUGUCCUCCGAUCGCUCCCCUCCUCCUCCUCCUCCCCCCGUUCCCGACCGCCGCGUCGUGCUAGGUUGCGGAUCGGUGUCCGUGGAUUUCCUGGCGGCGGUGGCCUCUUACCCCAAGCCCGACGACAAGAUCAGGAGCACCAGCUUGAAGGUUCAAGGCGGUGGGAAUGCUGGCAAUGCUUUGACUUGCGCUGCACGUUUGGGCUUGAAUCCGAGGCUAAUUUCGAAGGUUGCCGAUGAUGCCCAAGGCAAGGGUAUAUUGGAAGAGCUGGAGGCUGAUGGAGUUGAUACUUCCUUUUUGGUGGUUUCCAAGGAGGGUAAUUCACCAUUCACAUACGUCAUUGUUGAUGAACAAACGAAAACUCGUACAUGUAUACAUACCCCUGGGUACCCACCCAUGGCGCCGCAUGACCUUUCACAAACAAACUUGCUAUCUGCAAUUGAUGGAGCAAGGAUUGUCUACUUUGAUGGGAGGUUGUAUGAAACUGCUUUAGUUGUUGCACAAGAGGCUGUUCGCAGGAAAAUUCCUAUAUUGAUUGAUGCAGAAAGGCCAAGAGAGGGUUUGGAUGACCUUUUGAAGUUGGCUGACUAUGCAGUAUGUUCUGCAAAAUUUCCGCAGGCAUGGACAGAUGCACCAUCUGUUGCUAGUGCUCUUGUAUCCUUGAUGCUUAGGUUACCAAAUCUGAGGUUCGUAAUUGUGACGUUGGGUGGUGAAGGGUGCAUUAUGCUCGAGCGGAGCACUGAGGGUAAUUCUCUAGAAGAAGUGGAUGUGGACAACUUGCUAGAAAUUCUGAAGCAGAGAAAAGAUGAUGUUGCAACCAUUCCAACAUAUGUUACCUCGUCGGUGUCACAAUUGAAAGCCGAGGGGAUAGGAAUUGUGCAUGGGAGGUUACUCUUGGGAACAGCUGAGAAGAUACCACCACAAGAACUUAUUGAUACAACUGGUGCUGGUGACGCAUUCAUUGGUGCUACCCUAUAUGCCAUCUGCGCCGACAUGUCACCAGAAAAACUGUUGCCCUUUGCUGCUCAAGUGGCUGCUGCAAAUUGUCGAGCUUUGGGAGCUCGAACGAGUCUCCCUUACUGCACAGAUCCGCGCCUAGCGCCCUUUCUGAGCUGAUAUCUCCCAAAUGCGGAGAGGCACCAGACGAAAGAGCGAAUCUGGAGGACAAACGAGAGAGACAAGGUGGAAUCAUUAGCGAACCGAAGAUUUUCCUCCCCUUUUAUGCAUUAUUUCCAUUGGUGAGUACUUAAACGAUUUGCUGUCGAUUCCCGCAUCAUGUCGUUUGUCUGCCUACCGGCCCCUGCGGUCCUAGCUAGUCCGAUUAUUUAACGCGAACGAUGAGGUGGGGCCAUCGUGUC